AUGAAGGUCCUUUCCAUCCUUGCCGCUCCCCUGCUCGUCUCUGCCUCGCCUUUGUUGGCUGAGCGCCAGAGUACUGCCACCAGCAUUGACACGCUUCUCAAGGGUGUUGGCAAGAUCUACUUUGGUGUCUCCAGCGAGAGGGCCAAGAUGCCAAGCGGCAAGCCCGAGACCGCUGUUCAUGACAACUAUGGACAAGUCACGAACGAGUACCUCAUGAAAUGGGAUCAAACCGAGAAAUCACAGGGUCAAUUCACUCUCGGCCCGGCCAAUGAUCUUGUCAGUUGGGCAUUGAGCAACCAAAAAAGCGUCAGAGGCCACACUCUCGUCUGGGGCGAGGCCCUGCCUGAUUGGGUCAAGAAUAUCAAUGAUAGAGCACAGCUCACAGCUGUGAUCCAAAACCACAUCAAGACGGUCAUGGUUGGUCCCAACGGCUCCUGGAAGGGCAAGAUCAGGUCUUGGGACGUUGUCAACGAGGUCAUUGAUAACAACGGGAACCUGAAGAACACCCACUUUUAUCAGGUCCUCGGUGAGGACUACAUCGGCAUCGCGUUCCGUGCUGCGCGCGAGGCAGACCCUUCGGCCAAGCUGUACAUCAACGACUACAGCCUUGAGAACAACACGUAUGGACAGCAUAUAGGCAUGAUGAAGUGGGUCAACAAGUGGAUCCACCAGGACGGCAUCCCUAUCGACGGAAUUGGUUCGCAGACACAUCUGACGUCGGGCAAGGCCGACGCCGCCGACGCUCUCGAGACCGCACUGAGGGAUCUUUCAAACAUCGACUCCAAGCUCGAGGUUGCCAUCACCGAGCUCGACGUCGUUGGCUCCAGCCCCCCUGUGUACUGGAAGGCAGUCCAGGCGUGCUACCACGUCCCCCGCUGCGUCGGUGUCACGACUUGGAACCUCAUCGAUGCGGGAUCCGAUAACAAGGCACUCUUCAACCAGAACUACGACCCCAAGGAUGCCUACUACCAAAUCCGCGACGAGCUGAGGAAAAUCCAGAAGUAA